UUAACAGAGCUGUCAGUCUUUCACCUACAUGUUGGUGGUGAUGGGACCAGAGAGUCUCUAGAGCCGAUCGAAGGAGUUGGGGCUGGGAGCUGCCCUGACUGACAUCCUAGGUAUCCGCGCUGCUCCCGUGGACUGCGAUCAUUUUAUCCCGUCAGGACGAAGCGUUGCUGCUCCAUGGCUAAUCCCCUCCUGCCUUUCUCUGCGUGUUACUAGCAGCGCCGGCCGACGCUCCUACUAUUUCCCAGCAAUGUUGGAUAUAAGUAACAAUUACGGACACCUCUCCGUGCUGCCUUUCGUGCUGCUAACUUUGUGGGUUCAGGUUUCCCAUUCCACUGGUUAUUUCGAGCUGCAGCUGAUCUCGCUGAAGAAUGCCAACGGAGAAUUGUUAAAUGGGGAAUGCUGCGAUGACAUUAAGAGCGAUCAGAACCUGGACUGCGGAAGGGACGAGUGUGAUACUUACCUGAAGGUCUGUCUGAAGGAGUUUCAGGCCAAGAUCACCCCAACUGGACCAUGCAACUAUGGCUCCGGAUUUACUUCGGUUCUCGGUGGAAAUACUAUUUAUUUGAACAACAAAUACAACCACCAGGUUAAGAGUAACCCCAGCGAGAGUGGCAGGAUUACUAUUCCUUUCCAGUUUGCCUGGACGAGGUCAUUUACUUUAAUCUUGGAGGCUUGGGACUGGGACAAUGACACCAAAGUGGAUGAUCUCCUGAUAGAUCGAGUUACUUAUGCUGGAGUGACAAGCCCUGAGGACCAGUGGACCCUGUUACCAUUAACUGGACAUGUUGCCCAAUUUGACGUAAAGAUCAGGGUGAAAUGCAACGAGAAUUACUAUGGUUCAAUGUGCAACAAGUUCUGCAGACCAAGAAAUGACUUUGUUGGUCAUUACACUUGUGAUAGUAAUGGAAACAAAGCCUGCAUGGAAGGAUGGAUGGGAGCAGAGUGUAAACAAGCUAUAUGCAAGCAGGGGUGUGACUUGCUUCAUGGUGGAUGCACAGUACCUGGUGAAUGCAAGUGUCACUAUGGUUGGCAAGGGGUGUACUGCAGUGAAUGCGUCCCUUAUCCUGGCUGUGUGCAUGGCAGCUGCCAGGAGCCGUGGGACUGCAAGUGCGAGACUAAUUGGGGUGGCCUGCUUUGCAACAAAGAUCUGAACUACUGUGGAACACACCAUCCAUGUUUAAAUGGAGGGACUUGCAUGAACACUGAGCCAGAUAAAUACUACUGUGCUUGCCCUGAUGGCUACUCUGGACAGAACUGUGAAAUAGCUGAACAUGCCUGUGCUUCCAACCCUUGCGCCAAUGAUGGAGUCUGCCAUGAGGUGCCUUCUGGGUUUGAGUGUCACUGUCCACCAGGGUGGACUGGACCAACUUGUGCAGUUGAUAUCGACGAAUGUGCAUCCAACCCUUGUGCAAGCGGGGGUGAAUGUAAAGACCUCAUCAAUGGUUUUGAAUGCAUUUGUCCUCCUCAGUGGGCCGGGACCACCUGCCAGCUUGAUGCUAAUGAAUGUGAGGGGAAACCCUGUCUUAAUGCUUAUUCUUGCAGAAAUCUGAUUGGUCGAUAUUUCUGUCACUGCCUUCCUGGAUGGACAGGACUAAAUUGUCACAUCAGAAAAAGUGAUGACUGCCAUGGACAGUGUCUAAAUGGAGGCAUAUGUAAGGAUAAGGUAAAUGGCUAUCGCUGCAUUUGCCCUCGCGGUUUCGUUGGGAAACAUUGUGAGAUAGAGCUGUACAAGUGUGCAAGCAAGCCUUGCCAGAAUGGAGGAACCUGUGAGGAUCGUGUCAACACUUUCCACUGUCAUUGUCCCCCAGGAUAUUCUGGAACCCUGUGUGAGCUCGCCGUUGAUCUCUGUGAGCCCAACCCUUGCCAGAAUAAAGCUCGGUGCUAUAACACAGAAGGAGAUUAUUACUGUGCUUGCUCAGAUGACUAUGAUGGGAAGAAUUGUACUCAUCUCAAAGACCACUGUAAAAAUAGCUCUUGCAAAGUCAUAGACAGCUGUACAAUAGCGAUUUCUACUAAUGCCACCCAGGAAGGUAUCCGUUACAUCUCCUCUAAUGUUUGCGGGCCUCACGGGCGGUGCAUUAGUCAACCAGGAGGAAAUUUCACCUGUUCCUGCAACCGAGGAUUUACGGGAUCUUACUGCCAUGAGAAUAUAAAUGACUGUCUUGGGACCCCUUGUAAGAAUGGAGGGACUUGCACGGAUGAAAUUGAUUCUUUCAAGUGCUUUUGCCCAAACGGCUGGGGAGGAGAAUUCUGUGACAUAAAUUACAAUGACUGCAACCCCAAUCCAUGUCAGAAUGAUGGCAGAUGCAUAGAUCUGGUGAAUGAUUUCGCUUGCCAAUGUAAAAAUGGCUGGAAAGGCAAAACGUGUCACUCCCGUGAAUAUCAGUGUGAUGCCAAUACAUGCAGUAAUGGGGGAACUUGUUAUGAUACGGGAGAUUCGUUCCGUUGCCUUUGUCACCCUGGCUGGGAAGGAAGCACAUGUAACCUUGCAAAGAACAGCAGCUGUCUUCCAAACCCCUGUGAAAAUGGAGGGACCUGUGUGGGCAACGGAGAUUCCUUUUCUUGUAUGUGUAAAGAAGGCUGGGAGGGACGGACCUGCACACAGAAUACCAAUGACUGCAAUCCUUAUCCAUGCUACAAUGGUGGAAUAUGUGUUGAUGGAGUGAAUUGGUUUCGCUGUGAAUGUGCCCCUGGCUUUGCAGGACCUGACUGCAGAAUCAACAUCGAUGAAUGCCAGUCUUCCCCUUGUGCAUAUGGCGCCACUUGUAUAGAUGAAAUAAAUGGUUACAGGUGCACCUGCCCAUCUGGAAGAGCUGGCCUCCGUUGCCAAGAAGUCAUUGGAUUUGGAAGAUCUUGUUGGCUUAAAGGAAUGCAGUAUCCCCAUGGCGGAAAAUGGGUGGAAGAGUGCAAUAGCUGCCAUUGCUUGGAUGGUUUUGUUGACUGUACCAAGACAUGGUGUGGCCCAAAGCCUUGUUUGCCGGAACAGUCUCAAGACAAGAGCCAGUGCCCUAUUGGUCAGGAUUGUGAAGCCAGAGUGACGCCAUUUAAAUGUUUCCAGCCACCUUGCGGGGAAUGGGGAGAAUGUAACGCUCCAUUACCAGCAGCCGUCAAGUGUCUGCCUCACUCGGACUACUUGGACAAUAAUUGUGCAAAAAUAACUCUAAUCUUCAACAGUGACAAAGUUCCACCGGGAACGACAGUUGAAAGUGUCUGUUCAGAGAUCAGAUAUUUGCCCUCGAUUAGGACUGUAUCAAAAGAGAGGCAGCUCGUUGUUUUGUGCGACGUAUCCAAUUCCAUGGAAAAAGCGAUAGAGGUUGCCAUAUCCUUUAUCUCACAGGCAGAUGACAAGGACAACAGUCUGAUUCAAAAUGCUGCAAAUACCAUUGUUAAUUCAAUUACAAAAAGGCAAAACAGUACAGUACUGCUGGCUGUCAUGGAAGUCAAAGUGGAAACGAUGGUUGUUGGCAGUUCUCAUUCAGAUUACCUUAUCCCGGUACUCUGUACAGUUUUCAGUAUUGUGUGGAUAACAUGCAUAAUAAUCUGUGUGUGGUGGAUGCGGAAGAGGAGAAAAGAGCGAGAGAGAAGGUGCCAAGAAGAAGAGCGUGCAAAUAACCAAAGGGAGCCUUUGAAUCCCAUUUGGAACCCUAUAGGGGCGCCUUACAAAGACAUUCGUUAUGAAUGCAAAAAUUUCCUUUCUCAUCAGAAAAGAACUUAUGAUACUGAAGAGGAGGAAAAGGAGGAGGAGAUCGGAGAGGAGGUGACCGAGGUGGACAAAUGUCUCUCUCAGACAGGCCCAAAAACUUUACCGAGCAAAGGGGAUGUUGACUGCUCAGAGAGCAGCCCUGUUAAGAAACCCCAUCGGACAAGUCACUUCAAAAUAGAUAACCGACGUGUUAAAAAUGUGAAUACAUCCCACUGAAGGAACUACAGCCUCAUGUGCGUAAUAAGGGACAUUGUGCCUUGGCUAGGAAUGGGAACCUGAGAGAGGCAACAUUUCAUCAUCUCCAUUUCAUUCGUUCCUUCCGUCCUAGGAGGGGCCUGUGUCGUUUAGCUCUGCCAACCAGUGGCAGGGAGGUUUAGGACUAAAUUCUGGAGUCUGUUCAUUUCUUAAAGAUGUAAGAAAUGUAUUUUUUUUUGUUCCUGUUGUCUUUCUAUAAAUUAUUUUUGGCAAAAAAGAUGAGCGGAAAUCUUUGAUAGUUGCUAUUUUUGCUUUGAAAGCUCCUCAAGAAUUUUGAGGAAACAAAAAAAAAAAAAAACGUCAUAGCUGGAUUUCCA